CUAUACGGUGCCAUUGACUGUAGUGAACUGGUACCGACCUGGUACAGAAGAGCAGCGUUGAUGACAGACCUGAUAACAGACAUAUGUGUUUGUCUGCUGGUAGUUCUGCAACGGACCAGACCUGAAGCGGAUUAAACGGCACCGGGACUUUGGCCAGGCUAAAUCCUGGUAUUUGGCUUAGGUUCCAAAAUGGCUCUGUCAUUCCUCUUGGUCUUGGCUGCCACUGUGAUUCUUAUCAGACCAGAGACACCUGUAACCAAGGCCCUACGUCAGAACCUACUCGAAUGCUGUGGUGAGAAACAGAGGGUGAACAACUCAUGCUCAAACGACACUCACUGUGAACCAGGAUGCUUCUUGCGUGUCCUUGAGAACAGCAACACAAUUUGCAUAUUCUGUGAGUCAGCAGCUGUGGAUUUGGAGAACACAACAGUCUGCACCUACAACUACACAUUUGAGAAGAAAAAUCAUACAACUGUAACUACGGUUGUUCCUAAAAUUGGUGGGCCAGGUGUGGCAGCUUCUCUUCUUCUGGGAACGCUGUUGAUAAGCUUGUUCCUGAUCCUGUCCGUUGCCUCAUUUUUCUACCUCAAACGCUCCAACCGACUACCAAGCAUCUUCUAUCGCCGCAACAAGGCCUUUAUAUUUCAGCCAAGUGAGACAGCUAUCAUGAUCCCUUCUUCAUCAGUGCGGAAGCCAAGAUAUGUGAGAAGGGAGCGGCCCUCUGCAUCAUCAGCAGUAAACAGUGCCACUAUACCCAGUACAUCUACUAGUCAAGUCCAUAAUGUGUAGGAGCAGGGGUGGGAGUGUUGAUGUAAGUAUGAGAGAAGGCUCAGGAAUGUUUUCUAUGUUAAUGUACGCAAGUAUGAAGUUGUCUUCACAAAUGAACCCUAACUACUGGUGGCACAUCUUGUCAUUAGGAUUUUUUAUUUCUAUAUUUAGUGAAAUCAUACUGGGGGAAAAUCUUCACUCACUAACUGUCAUUAUCAUGUUACUGAGGCAGUGUCACUUAAAAUAUGCAGAUAUGCAUUGGCUGUAUUAACCCUGAACAAACAGUUGUUAGCAAUUCUUUCUAAAUUUAAAACACUGCAGGUUAUUUUCUACCUACUCAUGCAGCACUAGUGUCACCGCUCAGUCUAAACACUGUUCCUGAACUGUUUCUAUCUGUUGUUUGACAUUUAUGUUUAAUCAACUUUUAAUAUUGGUUCUAUGAAUAUAUGGACCUGUUUGUGUAACCAAUGAAUGACCAAGUUAAAGUAACUUUUCUUUUUUUUUUUACUUAUUUCAUAUUUAUUUGUGUUUUGUACCUGUGCACUGAAUUAUACUGUUUAGCCUCAGGAGUAGGUUUUGUGUCUUAUAGUUCUGGUGGAUUUUUCUUAAGGAGAGUUGCUGUGGACACUGACACUUAAUUGAUUGAAUUUGUAUUUUAUUGUUGGGUUUGUGUUUGUUUAUUAUUGUGAGCUCAGCCAAUGUGAUUGUACUUUACAAGUUCAACAAAUAAUACAUUACAGUUGUAUAUCAUUAAUUUGCUUUUUAAUUAUCACAUGAUCAUGACAGAGACAACUUAAACUUUCAUUUGAAGUUUCAUAAUUCUCUUGAACUUUUAAGUAAUCAGUUUUAUUCCAUUCGGUACAUUUUAAUUCCAACAGAAUCAAGUCUACUGCACUUUAUCUGUAAUCAUCAGCUAAUUCUCUAAGAAAACAACUCCCACUGAUGUUGCCAUUAAAUAUAUUUCCGAUUGUGUGAUUGGCGACACUUUUGCACAUUGUGAACAUUACUUGACAGUUGUUACCUUUUGCCAAAUGUUGUCUGAAGAAAAUGGCUCUUGCUUUGUGCCAUAUGAAAACUGUGCCAUUCUGAGCUUUAAAUGCAGCUGUGAAACAUUUUGUCAUGGUGUGAUGAGUAAUCAUGUAUUUAAAUAAUAACCAGUGGCCUUUACUGUGCACAACUCUAAACCAAGGCUAGUUAACCAAGUUUUAUUUGCUACAUGAUGUUUUAUUUCAGUUUUUAAAUAUUUUGACAAAUCUAAGACUAUAAGAACUAAUGUCCAUCCCUGACAUCUCUGGAGCAAGAUGGCGACCAUUCCAUGAAAAUUCGCAAUUUGAUUCAUGUUUGCUUCUGUACAGAAAACCUAAAGCUGAAUACAUGUACAUAUUGUUUUAUACAAAUAACCUAUUGUUUUUGUAAUGAUGUACAUAAUGUAGUUUCAGUGCCACAAAGAAUGUUUUGAAAGUUUAAUGUUUGCAGAAAUAAAGCACCUUUUAUCAAGA